UACGCUUUUUUGAUAUAUUAAAAAUAAUAAUUAGGUGAGAAUAAUAGAAAGAAAAAAAUUACAUUUCACCAGAUAGUUUCAUGACAUCAUCACGGUUUAACGCUGCCCACAUCUGCAAUCACGAAUCUUUAUAUCGCUCCCGAUAGCAGAGAUUCAAUUCGCGCUAUCGCACCCGUACGCUUUAACAAAAGUAAUUUACGAUUGCUCACACAAGUUCAAACAAUACUUUAUAUAUAUAUUUUCAAUUUGACACCGUCGACAGUAUGAUUGAAUCAGCUCUCGAUGCAGAAAAUGUGGCUCCAUUGCGGUAUACUGAUCCACCUAUUCGGAUUUAUCCUCACAAAAUCGUCUAAAUUAGACGAUGCCGGAGGAUAUUCUUUGUCCCUGGAAAGAAAACUGACGCUGAAGUUAAAAACGGCGGCACGUCUGAAGCAUAAUCUUGGAAAAAUUCUUCACGAGUUGCCAAUACAGAGUUAUGAGAUGCACCACUCCGUAAAGGUAAUCGAGGAUUAUUUGAAAAAUGGAGGUUCAAUGCUCGAGUGUCUCGACGUUUUAUCUUCCAUAACGUACGCGCCUAUCGCGGAGCAGUUGGACAAUAUCUUUGGAUCCAUGGAGGACCAUUUGCCUGAGUAUCUUCUUCCGGCAAUAUCCUUGAUACGACGAUCCCUGUCGGAAGGUCUUCUGGAUGCCGACGAGAUCUACAGACCUACUUUCGGACCGCUGAAGGCCGAUCCAUUGGAGAAGAUCCCCUUGAGAGAAUUGAAGGAAGCAGCUUCUUUGCUGACCUACCACACGCCGGUCAAAGGCAUCAAAGGACUUUGGCCGAAGAUUAUCGGCGAGACGGUGACGUUGAUUUACGAUAAAGUCAUCUCUCCGCGUUCUGAACUGAUCGCAUACAUGUUGGCGAAUCUGCGGAUACCCGACGCGACGGCGGAGGUGAGAGAAUCGGUCGUGCUUCUCGUCGAACAUCUACGAUCGCAAGGCAAGCACGUAUUGACCGGUUUCAACUUGGCAUCCGAUCCGUACGCGCUGAUCGCCAACGUAAUCUUCAGUCUGCCCCUGCAAAACGAGACGCUGAUAGCCACCAACGUGUUGUUGCCGUUCCUACGAAGGCCCUCGGAGUGUCGAGGAUCCGCUGAAUUCGCCGACUUCUUUCAGAACAACAUUUUGAACUACACCCUGCUGAUAUCUCGGGAUAGAAUGAUCUCUAGAUCAAAAGAUGGUAUCGCGUUUCUGUCUAUGAUCCAGCAGAAUAAUACGGAUCUAUCGGAUGUCAUGAAGCAAUUUUCCCCCUUCGAGUACGCAUCCUGGAAGGAUCUGUUGCUAGCUUUCGUCAGCCAACUCAGACGUCAGCAGGCUCAUCAGGGUAAAAUAACGAACAUCGUAGACAGUGUCUACGGUGAGCUGAUUCUGAGAAACAGACAGAAACGUUGGAAACUUCUGAGGAGCUCUAUUGCUGCCGCACCGAUCUUCUUCGCGCUAGCAAGAAAGGAGGACUCCAUCAGAAUUCGAAGACUCCUCUUGGAUGUGGCUACGGACAGAACGGUCAAGUCGGAUGUCUGGCAGAAGGCACUUGUUUUUACUUCUUCGGAGGACAUCGGCGGACCGAUAAACGCCGCAUGGAAAACAUUGAGAGCAUUGGUAACUUCGGAUUUUCUUCCGCAUAGCGUUCUGUCGAAGAACAUCGCCGAACUGUUGAACACGUUUGAUAACAGAAUUGAUCAAGGCCAGGCCGAGUGCGUCAGUAAAUUGGAAACGUACUUAGCUAAUUUUACUCAAGUAGAAAUCGAAACUGGUAGAAAGAAAGCGAUCGGGGAAGUCGAUAUCAAUGAUCUUCUUCAGGCUUUGCCUUACUUGGACAUUUAUACGGAUGAAUAUAGAAGCUUGGAGAACUUCUUGUCACAGGAUGAUUUGGAGACAAAAAUAGGACAAAUUGAUUUGAAUGCCCAUCCAACUAGGGGUAGAUUACUAGCUCACUUGCUACAGAUGAUAGAACGUGCAAACGGCAUCGACAAUAAGCUACGUCAUUUGGCCGAACAAUUUGUUGAUAAUGUUGCUUACGAGGGCUACGGCGCUGGCGCUUUGUCAUAUCGUUCUAGUUAGUUUGAGCGCGUUUCUGUGCUCUUUUAAUCGAAUUAAUCACGCAUUUCACAAUACCAUCUAUGUUACUUAUAGAAUAGAAAUGAAUAUUCAUUUAUUUAGCUGAAUAUAUAAGAAAUUGUGAAACUGCAGCCGUUACCACUGUUAAUGCGUACUCCUGUCUUAUAAAUUCUCGAAGAAUCAGCAGUCGGUAAAUAUUUUCUAUAACAACAAGAGAAUUACUUGAUUAAACAUUAUAUCUUCAAUACAAUAAAAAUUAUGUCUCUUUUAUUUACACAAAUAUUUCAAUUAAGAAAUUUUUAAAUUGCAAGUAAAUAAGCUACUAGAACCUAUACCAAACAAUCUUUCUGUGUUAAGUAAAAACUCUUUUAAUUUAAGAUUUUUUAAUAUUUUUUCUCUCAGUAUGACAUCUUUGGAAUUACUUAAAGCUACAGCUUGAAAAAUUGCGGAAGAAAAAUUUGUACACACUUUGUAAAAAAAAAGUUAACUACAAUUUCAAUAACAGAAUGUAGUAUCGUAUUGUCAAAUACGUCUGUUAGUGGACACAUCGCGUAUAGAUACUAAGGUUAUCGUAUUCACGACAUUCUACUCAAAACCUUCGAACUUAUCUGUUUCAUGAUUUAAUUCUCCUAAUAAGUUUCCCUAAUUUGAUUAUAGUAAUAAAUCCUUUUGCAAUAUGUAUCAAAAUCCUGUUCUGUCAUCUAAUGGACUAUAAGAUUUGUUGAUGUACGAAGAACAGAUAUACGAAAAUUUCCCAGGCCUCCUUCUUCUCGUACGUCAUUCAGGAUUUUUAGGAGGUGAGGAGCAUGGUUAUUUCUCAUUUUUCUUGUUGCAUUCAGCCUAAUAAUUCUUAUUCACUAGAUGCGGCGCCAAGAUGCGAUGCGUUAACCAAUCAAAUUGUAUCGAAUUUAACUUUUUCCGCGCGGUAUAAGUUUUGAUUGGCUAUUGCGUCAACUUCUGCCGCGCAGCAAGUAUCAUCGCAUCUAAUAGGCAGAAGCCUGAUGUCCUAUGUGCCACCUCAAACAAGUAGACAGUAGAAUGAUGUCAUCCAAGUCAUAAUAAUUUUAACUCUCAGUAAUUUACUAUCGCACCAUUCGAACGCAUCAAAACGGAAACCUUGAACGUAUUUCAAGAACGUUAAAGUACUGAUCAGUCUUGUGAAGAUACGGUAAAGUUGUGAUUACGUAAUUUCGAAGAUUAACACACAAAUAUCAAGAGAUUGUGCGGUGUUGAAUUCUGUUUUAGGUCAUAAAGAAAAAAUUUCAGAAUGCUUAGCCAAAAGUGUUACAAAAAGAGAUAAAUAACAAAUAAAUAACAAAUAAAUGAAUAAGGAUACGUAAAUAAAAAUUCACAUAUAAUUCAAAAAGCUUAAGCGUAUUUCAAUAAUCGAUAAAAGAAUGCUUUUGGUACUCCGACAAAAACGCCAAAGCUAAGCAAUAUUAAUUUCGACAGUAAAAGAAUAUAAUAAAGUAAAGGUGGAAAAUUAUACAUGACAGUCACAAUGAUUCUCGUCAUUCAGAGUUUCGAUUUCAAAUUUAAUUUGAAAUGUGUUAAAUUAAACGAUGAAAACUGUAUAAAAUGAAGGUUUAAUUCUAGCCAUUUACUUAUAUAAACUAUGUUGUUUAAUACAUAAGAACGUAUUUUAUUACAUAGUUUAUCAAUUUAUUUGAUAGUUAACUGUUUCCCUACAGGGCCGUGUCUGAAUUCUGCUUCUUAUUGCCUGUUGUCAGUUUUGGGGCAGUAUUAUAAAAAUUGCUAUAUUUGAAAAUACUCUUUCUAAUUUGUAUUCAUAUUUUUAGUUUUUAUUUUUUUUAAAAUGAUAUGCCAGUAUUAGUGACUUUGCUAUAUGUAUUUAAUGUACAUGGUACAUAUUUUUAUUCAAACUUAAUUUGCUUCAUCAAGAAAAUAAUUUUACAUUAAGAAAAAUUAUGGUACGAGAAACUUAUUGUUAACACAAACAUCUUGUUACAUAUGUAAUCGAUAAGAAAGAUACAUUAUGUAAUCAGUAUGUAAAAGUGCAAACAUCUGCUAAUGGUCUGAUGUAUCGAUACAUCUUUUCACAAGUACUAAAUUAUUCAAAAUAACUAUUGUUAUUCAAAAAGCUUCUUUCAGGACAAAAAAAUCCAGCAUGAAGCCAAUAAUAAUCACUUUAAUUAAUAUUUCAAAAUUGUGUUAAAUAUAGAGAUCUAUUCGUAAAAAUUGAGUUUUUAUAUUUAAAAUAAUCAUGUGUUGACUUGUAACAGAACUUCUCAAAAUGGCUAACAAUAUGAUCUCUAUUUUGAUCGCGCUGCUGCUGCAGCCUGGUACGAUGAUAAAAGGAUUUCCGUGCUCUGAUUCUUACAUACUUAGGAACAAAUCCGGUUCAACUGAAAUAAUAGGACAAAUCGAAAUCCCAUCUCCGUCCAAUAAUAGUAGAUAUCAUUUAAAAGUGGGCUUUAAUAUGAACCGUUCGUUGCAUAAAGUAAGUCUUCUUUUUUACUAUGAUUACAAAUUUAAAAGAAGUUUACGCAUAUAAAUUUGUGAUCGUUUAAUACAUUUUACAGACUUUCUAAUAUAGUAUUAGGUGUUGGAAUUAAUUCGUAGCGUUUUUUUAGAGAGAAACAACGAUUUAUUCUAAGUUUAAAUAUAAAAAUACAUUACUAAAAAUAUUUUCCAUCGCUUGUCACAACUUUUUCCCAUCUUUCGGGUAAAAGACGGAUACCCCGUCGAAAAGACGCUUCGUUCUUAGAGGCGAUCCAUGAAUCAAUCCAAGUUUUGCAUUCUUCAUAAGAAGUAAAUUUCUCCGCGGACAAA